AUGCUAAAAGACUGCCCUACCUUCGCCACGUCCGGAAAAGCCCUGCUAUACUAACGCAUGCUGACCUUUGUAACCCUGUUAGCAUUAGGCAACGUUAAAAGAACACCUUUAAUCCUAACUCCCGUGGAAAAAGAUGUCUCUUUCUAACAAGUCUAUUUGCUAAUUACCAGUCCACCACAUGUUUUAGGAGAGGAUGGUACUAUGUCACUAUUAUACAAAUUGUGGAAAAAAAACUCGCGAGGCAAAUGGAAAAAGUUGAGUUAAACUCCUUUGACCUAAAAUCUUUCUAUCCCAAAUAUAAAUUAAAAGAAGAAGAAAAUCAUAUGA